AUGUUAACAUACCAAACGGAGGGUACAGUGUGUGGUGUCAAGCGGUGGUAUGGGUUCAGGGAUCAGAGCAUAUCCAAAAUAAUUCUAACGGGGAUGACCAGUUCUUUGAAGACUCUACCCGCGGAUACUCCCCAGGCCCUAGCUGAAGCUACAUCAGGGGGCUCGCCGAGUGAUAAGGUUGCGGAGAGUUCUGUUGACGACGAGGCCAUCAAGUCUGAACAAGCCAAGACUCUGCAGAAGCAUGCGUUGGACACACCAAACGGUACAUAG